UGAUAGCACCCCCUUUGUUAAGAAGCAUCUCAACUACGCCCUUGAGUGCAAUGCUGCUGGUCUUAUUAUUAAUGAAGGCGGGAAGUUUUACUUGGCUGAGGAUUUUAGGUCUGAUUUGGAUGGUAGUGAUGAUAAUUUUGAUGUGGUUGCGGCAGAGAUAACUCCUCCACUCAAGACUCGUGUUUCUGGCGCUGAUUUUGUGGGUUCUGCUAAUGGCUUAGUUUGCGUGUCCAAGAAUGUGAUGAACGAGUUCUUUAUAUUUAAUCCAGCAACCAGGAAGUCGAGAAAAAUACCCAGUGCUCCACGUGAGUUUCCACUUUCGUUUCAUAUGACUGAGACUUCCUUGUGUGGAUUUGGAUAUGAUCAAGUAAAUGAUGACUAUAAGGUUGUCAAGAUUGCUGAGUGUUAUCUUCAGUUUCGUGGCAUAAUGGCCUUUAUCUACAGUCUCAAGACCGACUCUUGGAAACGGAUUCAGAAUGUUCCUAGUAACACUCGGUUCACAGGAAAUUGGGGAAUGUUUGGAAAUGGAGCUCUGCACUGGUUGGCUAUCAAGAAUCCAGCAAAUUGCAUAGAAAUUGUUGUUGGUUUUGAUCUUGGGCUAGAACAGUUCAGGGAGAUCCCUUCUCCUGUUAUCGAGGGCCCUUCUGUCAGUUUUAUUACCAGGAGUCUGGUUCCGGAUGGAAGUUCCCUUUGGAUGCUUGAUGAGUACCCUGAUUCUCAUAGAGAUAUGUGGGUGAUGCUGAAUAGUUCAGCGGGGGAAAUUGCUUGGUCCAAAGUACUCACUAAACGCAGUGCACUUGCAUAUUUAAGGUCUGUUAGACCUGUUUAUGUUUCAAUGAGUGACCCGGGUAUACUCUUCGAGGUGGACAGCUCAGGACUUGUAUGGUAUGACCUUGAAAGGAAAGUGUUGAAGAAUGUGAGGAUUCGCGGGCCCACAGAUAAGUUUGAUUCACAUGCGUACACUCAGAGUCUCAUACAGCUCAACAAGGAUAGUCCACCACUGAAGCCCUCUCAAGCAAAGCCACAUAAGGAACAUCAAAAGAGAAGAGAUGAUUUCCUUUCCAAAGGAUUCAAACUGAGGCUGUAGAAUACUAGAAGGAUUAAAAUAUGGAUGAGUAGAUAACAAGGAACAAGAUGGGAUAGAAGUAGACUUCUGGAUCAUGUUUGGAGUAAAAGGAAUUUCUCCUUAGCGAUGGACAUAUUGAUGCUUUUGUCCUUGUUUAUCAACCCGGAUUUUGUUUGUUAACUUCAGUUGUUAGGAAAGUGUAAGUGAGACAAGUACGCUGUUAGCUUGAUAAUCGGGAUGCUAUCUGUUACUUCUACAGUUCUACUGGCUUGUUUUAAAUUAAAAUGAUCAACUUCUUUAUUAUAUUAUGUUAUAUUUUAGAUAAAGAACUGUGUUUGUAUAUCUAGAAGAGGCCUUUUCCCUGGGAAGUUAACUUAGCAGGUCUACCUCUAUUUCCUUAGGACAGUAAUGUUCCAGGGCUAAACUAUAUGAUUCUGUUGUGCACCAUCAUAUUGCACAUAUAUUUGUGAUAUCACGUCUAUGGUGUCUGUGGCUUUUUUUAGCUGAAUGUUUGCUUGUUGGUCCGCUUCGUAAGGUGUGGUAGCAAUCUAACAAUACAUCUCAUUGGCGGCUUGUUAACCCCUGUUCUGAGUUUGAGGCUCAGCAGAACUAUCUACGCGUUGAGACUUAAAAACCAAACGGCCUCUCGGUUAU